CGACUCACAGUCAGUCAGUACGACAGUAAAGGCCGCUCCAUGCGCGGCGCGCGCGCGCCUCAACCAGUUCACUAACUGCCACAUUCCUAAAAAAUUUUUCUAGUCAACAUGGAUUUCAGUGCUAAAACUAACACUAUUUGUGUAAAUUCAGAAAAAGUGUCUUAGUUUUGUAGUCGUUACUCGCUACGGUCCAAAGAACAAUGCUGUGGGAAAAAAUAACGUUCAGCUGGCAUCGGCAGUCGUUCCCAGCUACCUACCUAACCUCUCUCCCCCCGCCGGUUGCCGGGUUCAAUGCGCCUCUCUGCGUUUAUUCAUCGUUUGUGGGAAAAGUUGACCCCCCGUUUUAAGAAUUAUUGUUAACGAAUUCACACGAUCCGUGUUGUAGACUACCGCAUCUUAGAUGAGCGGAUUGAAUUUUUUAUUUCAAGUUUUUUUAUGAUUUGUGUCAUCAAAGUUGACGAGCAGCAGUGACCGGUCUGUAAAUUUUUGAGAUUCUGCUAAAUUGUCGGUGUAGUGAUAGCCACUUAUUGUGUGAGGCACCAGUGUAACUGUUAACGCCAACGUAAAGUUUUUUAUACGCAAGACACCAAGGUUACAACAUUCCAAAUUAUUUGUUUUGGGCUAUACCAUGUUUGCGGAGUUUCAACAUCGUCGAAAUUAUUAUCUUACUGUGCUACGAAUAGUGUGUAGUUAUCAGAGGAGAACAAUACAUUAAAAUAGGGCAACGUGUGCAGUGUUCAUCCAUGGAGUUUUGUAUCUGUUACAUUUAAAAUUCAUGUUUUCAACAAAUUCCAUAGAAUAUUUGAAUUCGUUAUUCGUAAAGUGAAUGAUAUAUUAUGUGCAGUGCGUGACCUGAUUUAUUUGGGAUUUCUAAAAUUUCAACUUCAAGAUGGGAAACCAAGGAUCAUCGCCCCAUGAACCCCUGGACCGGGCCCAGGCUCAAACACAGAAUGCUGAUCUCAAAAUGAAGUCGUCGGUAAGAUCGUCAUUCCGGAGGGCGCGCGCGGGCGCUGCGCUGUCGCCUCCGCGCGCCGGCAUGGAGCGCCUGCGCCGCUCGUUCCGCGAGUCCUUCCGCAAACGUAAGGGCUCGCCGCCAGAGUCUGCGCGACCUCACCAAUGGCACGCUGACGAAGCGGCCGUCAGGGCCGGCACUUGUACCUUUCCCGUUAAGUACCUGGGCUGUGUCGAAGUCUUCGAGUCCAGGGGCAUGCAAGUGUGCGAAGAGGCACUUAAGUUACUUAGAAAUUCACGACGGCGUCCCGUGCGCGCGGUGCUACAUAUAAGCGGGGAUGGUCUACGAGUGGUCGAAGAGGAGACCAAAGGUUUAAUAGUCGAUCAGACUAUCGAGAAGGUCUCCUUCUGCGCGCCAGACAGAAAUCACGAGAGAGGUUUUAGCUACAUCUGCCGCGAUGGCACAACGCGGCGAUGGAUGUGCCACGGGUUCCUAGCGUCUCGCGAUAGCGGCGAGCGAUUGUCACACGCGGUUGGGUGCGCCUUCGCGGCUUGCCUCGAACGUAAACAACGCCGCGAUAAAGAGUGCGCCGUUUCUAUGAGCAUCGAUGCCGCCUCACAUGCCUUUACUCGGCAGGGAUCAUUCCGAAAAUCAACAAUAACCGCUCGUCGUGCGUCGGAAGCCGACGCGACUGUAUCCCCUGCGGUGGUGCCACCGAUGUCGGCGCCGCCCCGCCCCACUGCACACAACCCAUUCGCCGUAGAAAGGCCGCACGCCGCGCCGCAUCUACUCGAGAGGCAGGGCUCCUUCCGCGGUUUCGCGCAUCUUAACAACAAUUCGCCAUUCAAGCGUCAGAUGUCGCUCCGCAUCAGCGAACUGCCGUCGAACCUGGAGCGGCAACGACUCGGCCUCGGCUCUCCGCCGCGCCUGCCCACGUUGCCACCCAUACAGUCGUCCACAGCAGCGCCGGUUAACAAUAACACUUCUGUCCUAUCUGACUCACUUGCGCUGGAGAUUAAUGGCGAGGACAAGCAACCUGAAGAUCCAGUGGCAGCGAUGUGCCAACAACUUUCAAUGGGUCUGCGCGCCCUGACAGAGGAGCAGCCAGUGACUGCUGUGCCUGUGGCUCCAGUGGCCCCAGCACCCAUCGCAGCGGCACUCCCGCACCCAGACGCUUGGCUGGGCCGAAUCGCGGGCGUUAGAGCCCCUCCAUUGGGGGCCACUGGCCGCGCCGCUUCCUACGCCGGCCAUUCCACUAACCCGUUCCUCACACCUACUCCCGCCCCCCUUUAAAUUCCCGAGCUACCGAGUAUUGUUCCUAAUUAGUUGACAACGAGCGAUUACGCUCACCACCAGAGUCCAAAAAUUUAUCAAAAAAGAUCGAGAGACCGAAGUAGUUGUCGCCCGUCACUUAUUUUAGAUUUCGAAUUCUUUGAAAUCUACCUUGAAAAUAAUCGUUACACGCAUAUGUAUCGUUCUAGUUUCUAAAGACCAAGCUUCAAGAAUCAUUCCUGUUUUAUGGAAAUGGUCGAGUGUUAUUAUAACGAAAUGCACGUGUUUUUGUAUCAUAUUUUAUAUAAAUAUCCGAUGAUUCUAUAAUAUAGAACGUCAUGGCGUAGCCUUAACCGAAUGUUAACUUUGAGUCAAAGCCUUAGGCUAAUUUUAAUCACGGUAGCGAAGUGAUAAGUGGAAAAAUCAUAAUGUCGAAUAAUACAUUAGAAAUGAUUAGAAUGAAGAAAAUUAAUAAUGCAUUCGUUCAUUUCCGUAUAAUUGAAUAACUCCCCGAAGCUUCAACAUUAGAAAAUAGCACUGUAUUCUUGCGAUUUUGUGUAACGAGUAGCACUUGUGAUUAAGUCCUCAAAUCUUUUAUUCGCGAAUUUCGCCUUUAUUGAAAACGUCCGUAUUCGACGCUGAGAUGGUAUUUUUGACGUGGUUAUCGUUAGUACGUGCUGAUAGGGCCGGUUCUUGCCAGUUUCAUCCUAAAAUGUGAUUAUCACUAGGAGCCAAAUUUAAGUGGUCAAUCAAGUUGUACUAAGGUACACUUAUUUGGCCAGAAAACAAAUUCAAAUCGAUGUGAGUUAAAUUUAUUCGCGAAUUGACCGAGUGAGACGUUGUAGCUUAAAUUGUUAAAAUCGUAUUUCGAGCAGUCUUUAACUCGAUGUAUUUUGAAAUUGACAAAUGGUCUUAAUGUGUAGUGUAACGUGGUAAUGCACUUAUGAGUGGAAGGCACAGAAUAUCUAGAAAUAUUCUUCAAUCCGUAGAUUUACUUAUUUUCAAAAGGUAUGUCACAUGUUCUGCACUUCUAAGUCCUAAUGAAUAGUGGUUUUCAGGCGAAUUGGUGAUAUUUAUAAUAAAUUUUCCAAAGUGUACACGUUUCGACGAAGUCACAAAAUUCUUGACUUAAAAGUAUUUUUAUAUUUUGACUCCGAUGCCAGUUGCGUAGUAGACCAGAUUCUGAAGAUUAUUUAUGGAAAAAAAUAUAACUGUUGUAUUUGAGGUGUUUAAUUAAAUUGGAGUUGUGUAUAUCUGACGCGUAGCUAAGUAAAUAUUGUACUUAAAUUAUCUCGUCCAAAUGCACCGUGCUUCUGCGCUGCACACUAUAUCAAUGUGCUAUCGCUGUGUAGUUGAAUUGAACGUAAGUCGUCGCCAGGCGUCGUCCAAGGACAGUAUUACGAGCCAGUGGCGAUCUUUUACAGCAGAACGAACAAUGCAGUAUUUUAAAACUUAACAUACUUCUUAAUUGUAUUAUAGGGUUUUGGACAUAUUUUCCCUUUUUUGUAUAUAAUUGUAAAUUUGUAGGAUACAUACCGAUUGUGGAUCUGUUUUUAUACUUUUUUUAUUCUUGAAUAUGUCAUAGGAACAGAUGGGUAGAGAUAGAGUUAAUUUUAUUCUUAUUGCUAUUUAAUUUUCAUUUAGCAAAAUUCAUACGUACUUACAUGUUGUUCUUAUAUAGUUGUACUUAUGUUACUUUUUAAGUUAUUCUGUUAAUUUUAUUUUACUCGGCUUAUUGUUAAGUCAGCCAGUUUCGGUACCAGAGAUGAGCUGAUCGGGCUGA